UGGGAAAUGUAGUGCGGCGAGUUGACAGAACCUUCUCUCUUCCAGAAUGGAAGAAGACCCUGAAAACACACGUGGCUGCUGUGGUGGUGGUGGAAAUAACUCGGACCCAGAGGACGACAGAUGCUCAGAUAGCGACUUUGGACCCUCGAAACUUGGGACGAAAGAAUACUGGGAAGAUGCAUAUCAACAAGAACUGGAGACAUUCAGAGAAAUUGGGGAUGUUGGUGAGAUAUGGUUUGGUGAGGAAAGCAUGAGCCGAGUGCUGCGAUGGAUGGAAACAGCUAAGAUUCCAGAGGAUGCUUCCAUUCUGGACAUAGGCACAGGAAAUGGAGCAUUUCUAGUUGAACUGGCUAAACAUGGAUAUAGGAAUCUGACUGGUGUGGAUUAUUCCCCAGCAUCUGUCGAAUUGUCCAGAAAUGUUUUGAAGGCGGAGGACUUGACAGAUGUCCCUGUGAAGGAGUUGGACUUCUUAAACUGCCAAGGGGAGCUAAAGGACUUUGAUGUCUGCAUCGACAAAGGAACAUUUGAUGCUAUAAGCUUGAACCCAGACAACACUAAGGAGGGCAAAAUAUUGUAUGUCAAAGCCCUAAAAGACGCUCUAAAGAACAACGGUUUCUUUGUCGUCACUUCCUGUAACUGGACAAAGGAGCAGCUGCUGGACAGAUUUAGUGAAGGAUUUGAGUAUGUUCAGGAGUUGCCUACACCCAAGUUCCAGUUUGGAGGCAAGACAGGAAACAGUGUGACAGCACUCAUCUUCAAGCGAGUACAAUAAAUCACAUGUCUCCAUCUGAUGUCUUUUGCUCGCCCCAUCGCUUCUGUGGUGAUUUUCUCAGAAGUUAUUUUGUAAAACAAAACAAAAAAUAAUAUCUGAUUCAUUUUUAAGACAAUGUGUAAUGGAUUUCAUGUACUGUGAAACUACUGUGAGUUCUUUUAAACCGAAUAAAUCAGUGUUUGUUUUGUU